AUGAAGUUUUCUGCCACAAUUUUAGGAGCUACCGUUUUGGCUGCUGGUGCUGUCAACGCUGCUUCCAGUGUUGAGGAGGUUGCAACCACUAAGACAAUCACUGCUACAAACGGAAGUGUUGUGUACACUAAGGUUGUUACUGACACUGCUGAUCCUGUCGUUACCUACAGUACCACAAGAACAACCACGUAUACUACUGGUGAUGCUACAUAUGUGAAGACUUAUACGGAAGGCCCAGACAGCACUUCUGAGAGUAGCACUGUUAAGACCAUUACCGCAACUAACGGAAGCAACACUUACGAAAAGACCGUGACGGAGGCCGUGACGUCGUCGGCUAGUUCCUCAAGCUCUUCCAGCAGUGCAUCAUCUGCCAGCUCUUCUGCUAGCUCUUCUUCUAGUUCUGCUAGCUCCUCUUCCACCUCCUCCGGUGGUGUCGAAGGACUUUUCAACAGCGCUAACGUGGGUGGAGCCAUGUUCGUUGCUUUCGCUUCCCUACUUAUUUAG